AUGGUGAAUUUUAUGGCCCAAGCGUCAGGGCUGCAGCAAUUGGUAACAACAAAUGACCAAAAAGAAAAGCACGGACAAAAAUUAUUUCUUGAUGCUAUUAUUCUGAGAUCCUUGAAAAGUUUAGAUGGGCACUAUGCUCUGACAAAGCAAGAUGAAAAGAAGAAAGAACUUAAAUAUUUCAAAGCUGCUUAUAAGAACAUGUCCAGCGAACUGUUUCCCAGUGCUAGACAAACAUGCGUCAAAAACUCACUUGAAAAGCUACGAAAACCAGAGAAUCUGCCAAAUGAGACAAAGCUUACACUGUUAAAAGAAUACAUUUCAACUGAAGUACAAAAUGUAGUAGGGAACUUUAGCAUGAAAAACUUUGCCUGGUUGAGGAGUCUAGUUGUUGCAAGGCUUACACUUUUUAAUGAAAGAAGAGGUGAGGAAGCAUCAAGAAUGUUGAAGGAGUGGGAUGAUGCAGAAAAGGGAACAUGGCUGCCAGAUGAUGCCAUUGAAAAAAUUUCUGAUCCUGCAGAGAAAUAUCUUUUAGGCAAGUUUAAGUUGGCAUAUCUGAAAGGGAAAGGGAAAAAAUUUGUACCAGUUCUGGUUCCAGUAGACCUAUUGCCUGCUAUCAGCAUUUUGACAAUGAACAGAUCCGGAUUCGGUAUAAGGGAGGAGAAUGGCUUCCUGUUUGCCACCAGAAAUGGGUUAUCCCACUGUUCUGGUUGGCAUUCAGUCUCAGAGGUGUGCGAGAGGGCGGGCGUGGACAUUUCCGUAACAGCGACAAAAAUGAGACAUAGGAUAUCAUCAAUCUAUGCCAGUCUUGACAUGACGGAGGAGAAUAGGAAAAUAUUCCUUGAGCAUAUGGGACAUGAAGAACACAUCAACAGGGAGAAUUAUCAGUGUCCUCUUGGCAUUAGAACAACCUGUGUGAUGGGGAAAAUGCUAAUUUCCAUGGAGGAAGGUAAAGAGGUCAUUCUUCAGUUUUUGGAAAGUGUCAACUUAAGCAGCCUUGCUGGGUUAAAUGAACAGGAAAAGUACCAAAAAAUAAGAACAAAACUGUUCAAUGACAGGAAAACACUUAGAGUAAAGGCUGUAACUGCCAUGAAGAAAAUAAACAAAUAA